AGUGUGACCUCCCAGAAACUUGGCAGCUUCUUUAGUCUAGACGUUGAUGGCAGGACAAAGAGGCGCCUGCACCAUGAGCGAUGUCGUAGAGAGGAGCUUGGAAGGACCCUUAGCACCCACUACAGACAAGUCCUCCCAGAAAAGGGGAGACUUGGUGGAAAUAUUAACCGGGGAGAAGGUAAAAUUUGACGACACGAGACUUUCUUUAAUUCUUCAGAACGGCCUGGAGACGCUGCGAGAGGAAAAUGCUUUGACAGAUGUCAUCUUGUGUGUGGACAUUCAGGAAUUCUCUUGCCAUCGCGUGGUGCUUGCUGCAGCCAGCAACUAUUUCAGGGCUAUGUUCUGCAACGACUUAAAGGAAAAGUAUGAGAAGAGGAUCAUUAUUAAAGGGGUGGAUGCUGAGACCAUGCACACUCUCCUGAACUACACAUACACAAGCAAGGCUCUGAUCACCAAGCAGAAUGUUCAGCGGGUUCUGGAGGCUGCCAACCUUUUCCAGUUUCUACAGCUGGUGGAUGCUUGUGCCAGCUUUCUCACAGAAGCACUGAACCCAGAAAAUUGUAUUGGAAUAUUGAGGCUUGCAGACACACACUCCUUGGACAGUUUAAAGAUGCAAGUCCAAAGUUACAUCAUUCAAAAUUUUGUUCAGAUUCUGAAUUCUGAGGAGUUCCUUGAACUUCCUGUGGACACCUUGUACCACAUCUUGAGAAGCGACGACCUGUGUGUGACUGAGGAAGCUCAAGUGUUUGAGACUGUGAUGAGUUGGGUCCGGCACAAACAAUCAGAACGACUCUGCCUACUCCCCUGUGUCCUCGAGAAUGUGCGUUUACCACUUCUGGACCCAUGGUACUUUGUGGAGAUGGUCGAAGCAGACCCUCUCAUUAGACAGUGCCCUGAAGUCUUCCCGCUGCUUCAGGAAGCCAGGAUGUACCACCUUUCUGGCAAUGAGAUUAUUUCAGAGCGCACCAAACCCAGGAUGCAUGAGUUCCAGUCUGAGGUGUUUAUGAUCAUUGGUGGCUGUACAAAGGAUGAACGGUUUGUGGCAGAGGUAACCUGCCUGGACCCCCUAAGGCGCAGUCGCCUGGAGGUGGCCAAGCUUCCACUGACAGAGCAUGAGCUGGAGAGUGAGAAUAAGAAGUGGGUGGAGUUUGCAUGCGUGACAUUAAAAAAUGAGGUCUACAUAUCAGGUGGCAAAGAAACACAGCACGAGGUUUGGAAAUAUAAUUCCUCAAUCAACAAAUGGAUUCAGAUUGAAUAUUUAAACAUAGGCCGCUGGAGGCAUAAGAUGGUCGUGUUGGGUGGCAAAGUCUAUGUACUUGGGGGCUUUGAUGGCUUACAAAGGAUCAACAAUGUGGAGACUUACGAUCCCUUCCACAACUGCUGGUCAGAGGCUGCACCCCUCCUUGUCCAUGUCAGUUCCUUUGCAGCCACCAGCCACAAGAAGAAGUUGUAUGUCAUUGGAGGAGGACCCAAUGGAAAGCUGGCCACAGACAAGACUCAGUGUUAUGAUCCUUCAACCAAUAAAUGGGUUUUGAAGUCAGCCAUGCCAGUAGAGGCUAAAUGCAUCAAUGCAGUGAGUUUCCAGGAUCAUAUCUAUGUUGUUGGUGGUGCCAUGAGAGCACUCUAUGCCUAUAGCCCUCUGGAAGACAGCUGGUGUCUGGUGACACAGCUCAGCCAUGAGCGAGCCAGCUGUGGCAUUGCACCCUGCAACAACAGGCUAUAUAUCACUGGUGGACGGGACGAGAAGAAUGAGGUCAUUGCUACUGUGCUCUGCUGGGACCCCGAGGCUCAGAAGCUGACUGAGGAAUGUGUGCUGCCACGAGGAGUGUCACAUCAUGGCAGUGUCACCAUCAGGAAGUCAUAUACUCACAUCCGGAGGGUUGUCCCUGGAGCAGUGUCUGUGUGACUGCAAGGGAAACAGGGGUGCCCCUGGAUUCUCUGAGCACUGAUUCUGUACCCUAGCUUGCUCAUGUCAUCCCUUAUGAGUCGUAGGCUUGGCUUGGGCUUAAGGUUCAUCAUGGGGCAUCUAGGAAGAUAAUGCUUUGGGAUAUGUGAGACCAGCCAGGAAUGCUUGUGUGAACUACCUCAGGAUGAAGGGUAAUGUUUAACAUUCCAUACAUGCCUGCUUACCCUGGCCUGUGCCAGGCGCUUAUCCAUUGUAAUUUACUUAACUAUGGUGAUGGCCUGCUGCCAGAUAGUAUCAUGCCUGUCUGAGAGGCAGGGAAAAGGAGUUUCAGACAGGCCAAUUUUCACUGGGUCUCUCAGGAAGCAAGAAGUUAAGCCAGAAUAAACCCAAGUUUUUCCAUGUCAGUCAGUGUGUCUCCUACCACACUUCUUAACUCAGAUAGGAAAACAGAAAGCCAACCCCAAACUUGGCUGGUGUCUCUUUCUGGCAAGUUUGCUAAAGAUAAGGGAAUAAAGGUAUUUCUCUGUG